CUGCCUGGCUGAACGUGAAGUCCCGAAGUUCGGCCAUCUCGGGAGCUCUGGGCGGUCAGCAGCCCCUCAGACCGGGCGCAGUCCGCAGGGGAGCCGUUCGCCUCACAGCCCCAGGCAUUCCAGACAUGUCAACUAGGAAGCGUCGGUUUCGUGUCCUAGGCACGGUUGGGCUGGUACCGGUGGGGGUGGUGAUGUCUCCACAGCAGGCUUGGAACUGCAAACUGUAGUUUCCUGAGGGGAGAUCAGGCGACAACAAAGAAGGAUCUCUAACUGAGAAAGAAUUAUGGAUCCAAACUUGCUAAGAGAAAGAGAACUUUUCAAGAAACGGGCACUCUGUACUCCUGCUGUAGAAAAACGUCCAGCUGCCUCUUCUGAGUCCUCAUCUUCUAAAAAAAAGAAAGCAAAAGUAGAGCAAAGUGGAUCAUCAAGUUCAAAACAAAAUGCAGACCACAGCAAUGGAUCUUUCAAUUUAAAAGCGCUUUCUGGUGGCUCCGGUUACAAGUUUGGAGUCCUUGCAAAAAUAGUGAACUAUAUGAAGACACGGCAUCAGCGUGGUGAUACCCAUCCAUUAACUCUAGAAGAAAUAUUGGAUGAAACACAGCAUCUGGAUAUUGGACUGAAGCAGAAACAAUGGUUAAUGAGCGAGGCCCUUGUCAACAAUCCCAAAAUAGAAGUUAUAGAUGGGAAAUAUGCUUUUAAGCCUAAGUACAAUUUGAAAGAUAAAAAGGCCCUGCUAAGGCUCUUGGAUAAACAUGAUCAGCGAGGACUGGGAGGAAUACUGUUAGAAGAUAUUGAGGAAGGACUGCCGAAUGCACAGAAAGCCAUAAAAGCUUUAGGGGACCAGAUCAUCUUCGUUACACGUCCUGAUAAGAAGAAAAUUCUUUUCUACAACGAUAAGAGCUGUCAGUUUACAGUGGAUGAAGAAUUUCAGAAACUUUGGAGGAGUGUUCCUGUGGAUUCCAUGGAUGAAGAGAAGAUAGAAGAGUAUCUGAAACGCCAGGGUAUUUCUUCCAUGCAGGACUCGGGCCCAAAGAAAAUAGCUCCUGUUCAGAAGAGGAAGAAGCCCGCUUCUCAGAAGAAACGGAGGUUCAAGACUCACAAUGACCAUUUGGCUGGUGUUUUGAAGGAUUACUCUGAUGUGGUUCCUGGCAAAUAGGGGGCCUUCUGGGAUGAACUGUUGUGAGCUUUGAUGCAGGAGCUCUGAAGGACAUGUGUCCUGCGCAUAAUGUGAUGUGGUUCUCCCCACUCUCAGUGCAGCAGCAACCGAAAAGAAACAGAUCCCGAGAUCAAAGAACCUAAUACUUCUUUUAUUGGCUACUGUGAAAUUGGAUCAGAGCUGUUCACUGACAGUAGAUUUUUGAUAUUGGAGUUAAAUAUAUUCAGCAUGUAAUGCCCAUGUUCAUGUCCAUCGUUUAAGACUUUUCUGAAAAAAUUAUUUGGGGUUCUGUAGGUAUUUCUUUUUAUUCAUCUGGGUUUGAUUUGGAGAUAAAACUGAGUGUUUUAUCUAUGCCAAGGAAACAUGUUUAUAAUAAAAUCAUUCUAGAAA